AAGUAAGAGCAGGAGGAAGAUGUGCUCCUGACUUCUGCCGCUGGCUGUGGGUCUGCAAGAGGCGCUAACAUGAGACACACCGAGGCUGUUUUGUGUGUCAGCUGCUUCCUCUUCCUCCAUGUCGCUGCCCAUGUCAGGGAUGCGUCCCGGCGGCAGCAGUGGCCCGUUCCCUACAGACGGUUUGAUCGCCGCCCUGAGGUGGACUCUUAUUGUGAAGCCCUGUACCCCUUCUGCCCCACCGGUGACAGAGACGGCCGUCUGCCCUACAUGAGGGACACUGAUGUCAUUUCAGUCUAUCGGCUGCAGACGCCCGUGUGGGAAUUCAAGUACGGAGAUUUGCUGGGAAAAUUUGAUAUCAUGCAUGAUGCCAUCGGUUUCAGCAGUUCGGAGACGGGCACCAACUACACCAUGGAGUGGUACGAGCUGUUUCAGCUGGGCAACUGCACGUUCCCUCACCUGAGACCUGAGAUCAGCGCCCCGUUCUGGUGCAACCAGGGAGCCGCCUGCUUCUUCGAGGGCAUAGAUGACCUGCACUGGUCACAAAACGGCACCUUGGAGAAAAUAGGAGAAAUCUCCGGGGACCAGUUCAAUGACAUGGCCCGGUGGGUGCAGGACGACAACGACACCGGGAUCUACUACGAGACGUGGACGGUGCGCUCCGAGCCCAGUCCCAACGCCACGGUGUGGUUCGAGUCGUACGACUGCUCCCAGUUCGUCCACCGCACGUACAGGAAGCUGGCUGAGCUGGGAGCCAAACUGUCCAGCCGAUCGCAGACCAACUACACCAAGAUCUACCUGUACAGCGGAGAGCCCACCUACCUGGGCAACGACAGCACCAUAUUCGGACAGCCCUCCAUGAAGAACCUGGCAGAGGACAUCCACAAAUUUUACCACCCGUUCAGACCGCACCAGUCCUACGUAGACUUUGCCUUCAGCCUGCUGGAGGCUUAUAAAAAGGUCGUGCUGGACAAGAGCUUCUACCUGUAUUACAACUUUGAGUACUGGCACCUGCCAAUGAAACCUCCCUAUGUGCAGAUCAAGUAUGAGGAAGUGCCUUUGCCCUGACAUCCCACUUCUGCUGCCGUGUUUUCACCAGGGACGAAGAGCAGUGAUCUGCUAGCUGACUUUAAUGGGAGUCAAAUGCUCAAGAAUGCUAAAUCGAGAAUCCUAUUUUUAUCAGUGUUUUUCUUCAUUUCUGUUUUUACACAUUUUCUUUGGAUGCGGGGACUAAAAAUGCACUGAAUGCUUUGAGCUCCAUACAACAUGAAUCAAUACAUCAUCCCAGUAUUACCGUAUGGCUUCUCCUGGUCUGUACAGGAGAGAAAAAAAUAAUUAAUGCUGUCAUAGAGAGCAUUAAUUAUUGCUGUUGCAUUACUUACGCUUUUUGUUUUGUGAUAAGGAUUUUUGUCAAGACUCAAGUGUCUCAGUAACUUGAGUUUCCACUCUACCAGCAUUGUUCACGCCUUAGAUUUAUUAAAGUAAAGACGGUUUUCCACUUUAAAA